GCCACUUCAGACAAGUCCGGGAAACAGUGCAAUUCGACUUUCUGAAUUUCACUGGGAGACGCUCACGCAACGAGGGGCCGAGGUUGAUGCAAAUCGUCACAUCACUGCACAGAGCAGCAGCGAGCAGCGAAUCCGCGGCGCCCGCGAUGGCCCGCUGGCUGAAGGAUUACUUGAGUUUCGGGAGUCGCAGGGUCCCGCCUCAACCCCCCAAGCCCGACUACAGCGAGAGUGAGAUCCUGAGAGCGUACCGAGCCCAGAGGAACCUGGACUUCGAAGACCCGUACGAGGAGAGUGAGCAUCCGCCCGUCCCCUCCCAGCACCAGAAACCAGCCUCCCCCGACAUCAAGUACGUGUCUCCCAAACACCGGCUCAUCAAAGUGGACAGCACCGACCUCGGCGGCCGGACAAAGAUACUGGGCACCGAGGAAGCCAAGGCUAAAGCCGAGACAACUCUGCCUGAUGACGAUUAUUCCGACCCUUUUGAUAUCAGGCAUGAUUCCAGAGGAGAAACCAUUGACAAGGAGCUCAUUGAGAACAAUGGCUACAUGGAACCAUACGAAGCCCAGAGAGUUAUAGCAGAAUUCCAGCGAAAAGGUGAAAAGAAACAGGGGAAGGGUCUCCAACUCUACGAUACUCCCUACGAGCCUCAGGAGAAUGAUACAGAGUCGGAUGCGGAGAAUGCAGCUGGUCAGAAGGUGCGAGAGAGCCGCCUCCCUCAAGAUGACGAGCGGCCUGCUGAUGAGUAUGACCAGCCCUGGGAGUGGAAGAAGGACCACAUCUCUAAAGCUUUUGCAGUCCAGUUUGAUGGUUGUGAUUGGGACCGGUCAUCUCCUUCCGCCAAAGAUCGACUGAGGCAACAAAAGCAGCUCAGCCCCCUGGCUGGAGGGUCAAAAUACAGCAAGACACAGACUCCAGAGCAUUGCUCCACCCUACCUGAGAGAGUGGAUCCCGCUCUACCGCUGGAGAAACAAGUGUGGUACCACGGUGCCAUCAGCCGGGCGGACGCGGAGAACUUGCUGAUGCGGUGUAAGGAGUGCAGUUACUUGGUGCGGAACAGCGAGACCAGCCGGAAUGACUACUCCCUGUCACUCAGAAGCAGCCAAGGAUACAUGCACAUGAAGUUCAGCAGAACGAAAGACUCCAAGUACAUUCUCGGCCAGAACAGCCCACCCUUUGACAGUGUUCCGGAGGUCAUAAACCACUACACAAGCCACAAGCUGCCAAUUAAAGGGGCUGAGCAUCUCUCCCUGCUGUUUCCUGUGACUGUGCAAACUCUGUGAGUGGAGCCCAGGCAGCUUCCGAAGAUGGCAGUAAAAUGCAAAACAUUCCGCGGGAAAAGAGACAGACAUAGAACAACAAUUUCAUCCUGCAGGCUCGUGUUACAGAGACUGUGGCUCCAUUGAGCACAAGACUCUAGAGCUCCAUUUCUGGCCUGUGAACUAUUGCAGGCUAAGAGCAUUGAAUAUCUCAUUUCUUCACCAUUUGUUUCAAAGAUUGUGGUGAAUUGGAUCAUGAAUGUUGCUGAACUCACUUGUAAGGAUUCAGUCACUCAUUUACUGGGAAUUUAAGGAAUGUCUUUUAUUUCUCCUGUGGUAACCCUGCUUCUUCCCCUCCUGGAUAUAUUGCUACUGGCUGCCCCAGCCACCCUCCACCACUUCACACAAGUGGCCGAGUCACUGAGUGUUGGCUGGCUGUUUCAUCAUGAGGGGGCAUCUCAGCAAAGCCCGAUCAUGACUUCACUCAACAUCCAGCGCACACGCACUUUGCAAUGGGGGGCGGGAAUCUGUGGCUAGCGAUGCGGAGCGGGGUAUCCAUGAUCAACAUUCCCCAUCACACUCCUGGCGCAAUGGGCCAUUAAAGUCAAUUGUUGUGUCCUUCCCCCACCUCAUGCCUAUGUUAGGAGUGACUGUGGAUCAAACGUGGCACCUACCUGGUCUGUGUGACUCAGUACCACACCGUACUUUUACCACCUGGUACUAUGAGGGGGAAGUGAAUUGGCGUGGAAUG